AUGGUUAUUAAUUACCUGGCCCAUUUCACACAUGCAGGCGAUCACGGAACUGUCUCCUCCAAGAUGCUUCUUCUCUCGAUUUUCAUACUAGCCAUAUUAGCAGUGGCUUUUUACUUCCGCCGGCCCUUGAUUGACCGAUACUCAAGCUGGCGCAAUUCACGUUCUUGGCGCAGAGGCUUUCAGGCAGACUUGGAAAAUGGAUUAACGAGUGACAAUUUCGACAUUGAAGCCAACAUCAGGGCGCAGGACCCGAGGUCUUUAGACGAGAACGCCCGAGAGGAAAUCCAGGCUUUGAUGGAGGCACAGCAAUUGUCGUUUGACGAAGCCAGACUCACGUACUUCCGGAACAAAAUGGCCGAAAACGGCGUUGGUUCAGAUGGUGUUCCGACUGACCCACGUACAGUGACGCUAAGUUGA